AUGGGGGUCAUCCUCCCCAGUAUUAAUACGUCGCCACGGCGCAUAGUCUUCCUCGUCAUUGCCAUCGUCGUCGGCGUACACUAUCUCUUGACCGUCGUCUUCAAGGACUAUGGCCCCGCCAUCGCAGUCCCGUCACUCACCCAACUUGGCGGACAACUGGGUUUUUCACAGUUUCUGGAAAACAACACCACCUCAGACACACCCGACUUGUCACCCGGCUCAGUCAGCCCCCUCCUUUCGUCGAUGAACCGCAACACAAGUGACACACACGACUACCAACGGGCGAACGCGACGUUCGUUCUAUUAUGCCGGAAUACAGAUCUCGCAGGCGUCGUCACAAGUAUACAGCAGAUGGAGGACCGUUUCAACCGCAAGCAUCGUUAUCCUUGGGUACUCCUCAACGAGGAGCCCUUCACACAAGAGUUCAAAGAUCGGGUCCGGGUGCUCACAGACGCGCCGAUCGAAUUCGGGCUCAUCCCUCCCGAGCAUUGGUUCCAACCCGAGUGGAUCGACGAAGAGAAAGCCACCAAAGGUCGCUCGAACAUGAUGGCACAAGGCAUCAUCUAUGCUGGCAGCGUUCCUUACAGGAACAUGUGUCGAUUUAACUCCGGAUUCUUCUUCAAGCACGAACUCCUCCAGCCAUAUCGAUACUACUGGAGAGUCGAGCCGGAAGUAAAGUUCUUUUGUGACAUCAAUGAUGACCCAUUCAAGUUCAUGCAAGAAAACAACAAAACGUACGGAUUCACAAUUUCUCUAGUUGAAUGGGAGGCAACGAUACCGUCGCUCUGGAGCACAGUAAAAGAGUUUAUCGUUGAAUAUCCAGAGUACAUAACUCCGGGCAACUCGAUGGAUUUCCUGUCAGACAACAGCGGUGAUACCUACAAUCUGUGUCACUAUUGGAGCAACUUUGAAAUCGCCGACAUGGAUUUCUGGCGCGGCGAGGCAUAUCAGAAGUUCUUCGACUUCCUAGAGUCUAAAGGAGGGUUUUACUAUGAGCGCUGGGGAGAUGCACCCGUGCACAGUAUCGCCGUGUCGCUGUUCGCGAGCAGAGACCAAGUCCAUUUCUUCAGCGACAUCGGAUAUCGACACGAUUCGUUCCAACAUUGCCCAUCUGGCGAGGAGUGGGUGAAGGGCCGGUGCGCUUGUGACCCUCAUGAAAGCUUCGACUACGUGUUCAAUUCCUGCCUCCCAAAAUACGAUGCUCUAUAUUGGUAG